AGUACAAGAAAGGUGGCAACGCAUUUCCAUGUUCUAAUUAUGAUAUUUUGAAUCCAUGCUUUGCCACCGUCCGAUAUCAUACUUCCGUACCCAAAUUUAUUUAUCAGUGUCAAGGCUCAAGGAGUCCCGUCAAAUGUGCACCGCUUGCAUAACCUGAUAUAAAUAUAUGGAGGAUGGAAUCAGAGGUGCAAACAUUCUUUCGAUCUUCAUUCCGAUUUACAGUGUCGGCAAUACAUUCUGAAGUCAUCUUAUCGAGGUGUUCUCAGACCCUUUAUGCUGGUUUUCAGUGUCAAUUCCUGAAACGCCACUCGCCGUUUGAUUCUUUCCGAUGCAAGUCAGCUCGUGAAUAUUUCUUUGCCGUUACAUGCCAUUCCCUACAAUUUAUGUACUCAGCCUCCGCAGUGGGGUCAAAAUCCAGGCUAUCGCGGCAUCUGUGCUGUAAAGCUAAAUUUACAGAAAGCAUGUGAACACCAACCAGGAUUUGCAUGCAAAGGAAAUAAACAUAUGAAAAACAAGCGAUCUCCCUGUUAUAAUCCUGCCUUUCCACUACUCUGAACGUCUUUUCCUUGAUAAAAGUACAUUUCUACUGCGCAAUUUUGAGGUGGACUCAUCGCGGUGUUAAAAAUAUUCUUGUCUAGCAAAUCAUCCCAGUGAUUUUUAUACUGUCCUAGCAUUCUUGAUCAAUUUCACCCGCCGUCGAUGAACGAUAUCGCAAGGUCUUGGAUGCCCUCCUGCUAUCAUUAUGUACAUUAACCGUAGGGUUUACCUGCACAUCAAUAUAAAUGUUUAUAUUAGAGAGAGCAUCUUAGGAGCCUGUCUGGAAGGCGGCAUUCGUUUGAAAUACCUUAGCAGGAGGUUUUAGUGGUUUUUCUUUGAAACGAGUAGAUUCAGCGUUUACUAAUUGAAUCUACUCAUACAUUCUUGGGAGGCUAACGGCCUUGUUUAUUGAUCUCAUGUAUUCCUUCAGCCCUACAUUGAUCAAUUCAAACUAAUCGCACAUAUCAGGAUUCUACUGUUAUCCAUGACGAUUUAUCGACAUGGGCAUGAGUCUAAUUUAGGCAUCUGGGGAAGUCUUUUUCGGCGUGAACCUCCUGGUCUUCAGUCCUUGGUCUCUCUAUAAUGAUGUUGUACCAAAUUGGCAAAGCUUGAAAUAUGACUUCGAGACCAUGCGAUACUUACUCAUGGUUGGGUAGUUAUUGCUCUACAAUAGGCAGACUUCUUCUGCUGGGUCAAUUACAUCGCAUUAUACUAUUUGCUCCGCAUCAUUUAUUUUUAAUCGUAAAUGAUACUGGACAUAUUCUCAAAAUGCGAUGCGUUGUGUAGUACCCUCUUCUCAUUAGUUCUUUGUCCGUUUAACUUUACUCAACUAAAACAGAAUCAUAACUCCACGUGGGAAUUCUAGUUCUGGUUUCCAGGUACAUUUGAGAGUUUCAUUAUUCGUUAUCUCUUCGGAAAUACACCGUUUCGUCUAUUUGUAAGAGGGUAAUUUUCUGUGAAGAAAUAUAGUAUUUUGUUUGUUUGAUACAAAUCAUCAACCAGUCUUGCUGUUCCAGUAUAAGAAUUUGUUAAUUCUUGUUUUUUCCAUGGGGCUUCUGAGGGACAUUGAUUUAUUGCAUCCUUGUUAAGGGCGAUAUAAUAUUUUGAACUCUUAUUGAUAUGUUGAUGAUGCUUGGUGGCAUCUCUGAGAUAAUGGGAAUAACUUCUGUUGGUUGGUGGAAGCGCAGGUUCUGCGUUUAUCACUCGCUCCUUCCUUUUUGAUCUUAUCGCCCUUUCUUCUCUUCCUUGUGGUUUCCUUUUUGUUUCAUACAUUGAUUAAAACUCAGACCCGGCCGUGGAGAUAUCCCCAAAACCACCAUAAAUUUCCCUCUUUCUUUCGACUUGCAUCUUCCAGUACUCAGGACCCUAUACCUCGACGUUCAAACUUCUUGAAGGCCUUGAUAAAUAGUAAGACUCUUACAUACCAUUAUCAAGUGCCCCUAUUCAAGGGAAGGUUUCAUAUCCAGAUAUGCCACCAAAAUACUCGAAAUCUCCAGAUAUAGACGAAAGUAUUCCUGAUACGUCGACGGCGCCCACAACACCAGAUGAUAGUCUUACUUUCAGUCCCGUGUUACAGGCUUUGAGCUUGGAUGAUGGCAUUACGUUGGAAAAUUCUCCCAUGGAUGAAAUAUCGGCGCAUUAUGUGGAAAAUGUUUGUAUUGUGGGUGCGGGGUAUGUUGGUAUGUAUGAGUUCUUAGUCUCCAUCCACUUAAUUACCUCCCAUUAUACCAAAGAACUCUAUUGAUCCACUAUUAGGCGGACCAACAGCAGCCAUCCUCGCUCUUCAAAACCCGUGCAUCAAAAUCAUAGUCGUCGAUAAAGACUCUUCAAGGAUUAAACAAUGGAAUUCAAAGCACCUUCCAAUCCACGAACCUGGACUAUCAGAAAUCAUUCGUAUAUGUCGCGAUGGAUCGAAAGCCUUUUCAUUCUUUGACAAUUCUUCAGAAGAUGUUGAGCCCCUUUUUCGAGAAUUGUCCGAGCAGAAUCCUCAUAUUCAUAUUCCUGCACGAUCACCGAAUUUGUUCUUCUCUGAAGAUAUCGAAAUGGGUCUGCGUGAAGCAAAUUUAAUCAUGGUUGCAGUUAAUACACCCACAAAAACCUAUGGUAUAGGAGCUGGUAAAGCAACGGAUAUGACGGCUGUAAUAUCUGCUGUGCAAGAUAUUGGGAAAUAUGCAAAAGCUGGCGCUAUCAUUGUGGAGAAAAGUACUGUGCCUGGUAGAACUGGAGAAUUCAUCAAAAAUACCGUACAACAUCUUCUCACUCCACUCCAACAGAAAUAAGUAACUAACACUCCAUAGCUAGCCAUUCACCGUCCUCAUAUCAACUUCCCCAUUCUUUCCUCCCCCGAAUUCCUUUCUGCCGGCACCGCAAUUCGCGAUCUUCUGUAUCCAGACCGCAUCCUAAUCGGUUCAUCCCCUGGUUCAGAUUCGGCGGCCAACUCUCUCGCAUCGCUCUACCACUGGCUUCCAUCAUCCAAAAUAAUCCACACCUCAACCUACUCUUCCGAACUCGCAAAACUCGUUUCCAACGCCAUGUUAGCACAACGAAUAGGUUCCAUCAAUAGUAUUUCCGCAAUUUGUGAAUGCAUCGAUGCGGACAUCAAUGAAGUAGCUACUGCUGUAGGUAUGGAUUCUAGAAUUGGGGAUAAAUACUUGAAAGCGGGUAUAGGAUUUGGAGGUAGUUGCUUUGGGAAGGAUAUUAAGAGUUUGAUGUUUUUAGCGGAGGAAUUGGGAUUGCAGGAAGUGGUAAGGUAUUGGGAGAGUGUUUUGGCGGUUAAUGAGUGGCAGAAACGGAGAUGGGUGGAGGGGAUUGUGAGGGCUUUGGGAGGUGGUUUGACGGGGAAGAAGAUGGUGGUUUUGGGGUAUGCUUUUAAGAGGGGGACAGGGGAUGUGAGGGAGAGUUUAGCGGGGGAGGUGGUGAGAAUGUUGGUGGAGGAACGACCAAGAUGUAUUGUAGCCUGGGAUGAUGGGUGCGAGGGUGAGAUAUUGAGGGAGGAAAUAAGUGGGGUUGAGGGAGCAAUAGCCGAAGAGGAUUUGUAUACUGCGUGUGAAGAAGCAGAUGCGCUACUAAUUUGUAGGGAACUGGAAACAUCUUCGACAGACGCAAACUCGAAAUUAGAAGAUCCAAGGCCAUUUUUAACUCAUCCAUCGGAAAUUGAUUUAUUAAAUCUACGAAAUUACCUAUCAUCAAAGUCUCAAUCUAAUUUAGAUAGAUACGAUCCAAUCGGAAGACUAUACCCCGAACCAACCUGCGAAAAAGAGGAAAAUUGUCCAAAAUGCAAGCACGAGCAUAAAACGGAGAUAAGAAUACAUGCAAAAGAAACGCAAACUAUCGACUGGAAAGAAAUAAUCACGGGAAUGAAAGCUCCGAGAUGGAUAUUUGAUGGGAGGGGUGUUCUCGAUAGGAAUGAGAUAGAGAAGAUAGGGAAGGAUGUUGGGGUUGAGGUUAGGAUUGUGGAGGUUGGGAAGUUGGCGCGGAUUUGAUUCUUGAGAUGUUUUUUGGUGUUAUCUUAUUUAUUAGGUAUUUCUGUUUUUACGAAACUCUAUUUGAAGUCUAGUGGGAACUGCGGGCUCUGUAAGAUAGAUGGAUUGUGUAUUCGAGUAAAUAU